UCGCUUUACGUUUCUCACUUCCUCCAUCUCUCUCUCUGGCGCUCGCGGAGAGUCCUGAAAGCCGCGCUGACAGCUCGCAGCUCACGCGGGUCCGGGUCCAGGUCCACAUAUCGGAUCUUUUCAGCAGAACGUGCGCAGCCCUUGCACGCUGUCAUCUGCGCUGAGGAGCUGCGACUGUGGGCUGUUUACAACCGCGUAGACCUCCAGCCUUCACAUGAAUACAGGAGUUAUUUUUGGCGUUUGUAGCGGGAUUUAAACAUAGAGAACACUUGCUAUUAAAGGGGACGAGGGAGACUUCUGAAAAAAUGCUGAUUCGUCAUUAGUGGUUAUAGGGCGGUUCACAGCUGUCUGCCAAGGCUAAGAUGGAACGAGAGGGCUCAUUGAGGAGAAGUCUCCACAGCAAGCUGAGGUUGGGCAGCAACUCAUCCUCCAGUCUGACUGACCUCUCGCAGGCAAAAUCCCAAGGAGGAGGAGGAGGAGGAGGAGGGGAUAAGGGAGGAACAACUGGAGGACUGGCCGAGGAGUGCAGCAGGGACAGAGGGACCCAGCAGAGGAGGGCUGGGACCAACGCCACCUGGAACAGCAUCCACAACGCAGUGAUAUCAGUUUUCCAGAGGAAGGAUCUUGGGGAAAAUGAACUCUACGCUUUGAAUGAAGGUGUCAGGCAGCUGCUAAAAACGGAGCUGGGCUCCUUCUUCACUGAGUACCUUCAGAACCAGCUGCUCACUAAAGGCAUGGUGAUACUGAGAGACAAGAUCCGCUUCUAUGAAGGUCAGAAGUUGCUGGACUCCCUGGCUGAAACAUGGGACUUCUUCUUCUGUGAUGUUCUUUCCAUGCUGCUGGCCAUCUUCUAUCCAGUACAGGGUAAGGAGCCAUCAGUGCGUCAGUUGGCUCUCCUCCACUUCAGGAACAUCAUCACCCUCAACCUGAAACUGGACGAGGCUCUGUCUCGACCCCGAGCCAGAGUUCCCCCUUCUAUCAUACAGAUGCUGCUAAUUCUACAGGGUGUCCAUGAAUCUAAAGGUGUAACUGACGACUACCUUCGUCUGGAGUCUCUCAUCCAGAAGGUGGUCUCUCCCUACCUCGGGACUCAUGGGUUAUAUUCCAGAGAUGGAUCUUCCAAUUCACACUGCUCUUCCUGCGUAUUAGAAAUGCGUUUGCAGCGCUCCUGGUCCUCCAAACCAAGCAGUUCGCCCAUCGCCAAAAACCCAGUGGUACGCUCUAAGAGCUACAACGUUCCCAUGCUGACCCCCGUGGUGGAGUAUGACGCCGACUACUCCACAGGAGGUGGCACAGGUAUCAGACGACACUCCGUCUCUGAGGUGACUUCCUGCUUGGAGGAGAGCAGCUCUUUGGAUGAAUCCACGUCCACUGUCAACAACAACAACACCAGCACACCCAGCCUCGCCAACCACUCACCAGCACUUUCAGACACUGUGAACUCCAGCCAGGACCCCGGGCCCGGAGUCGCUGACAGCCCUGCGGGUCCCCACCCUCUCAACCCACAAAAACCCUCCCCCUGCAUCCUCCCAGAGCCUUCCCGAGGCCACAACACACACUGUACAGGCUCGCUAGUGUCCGACUCCCCCGCGUCCUCUACAGCGCUGGCUCAAGACACAAGCUCCAGUCCCAGUCUUUCGUCCAGUCCGGAGGUCAUGAUGGACAACGUCCUGGGGUUUUUGGACUCAGAGCCGGAGCACGACGGCAUCUUCCUGGACUUCUCACAACACUGUUCUGGAGGGUCAACCCAGAGCAGAGACAACAGGAGGCAUAGUGUGGUUGGGCACACAAGCAUACACACAUCCAAGGAGAUCCACCCUGAUGCGGGGACGCGUGCAAACAAUGCUGAGCCAUGACGAUUUUCCUCCCCCCCUGUGACACCUCCUGCUGUUUGAGACUCUAGAUCAUCAUGGAUCCUUUAAAACUAAAUUAUUUUUUAGUAGAUGUGGUCCACCCCUAGAAACAAGUCUAACUUCAUGCUGUCUGUUCAAAAUAUCAAUUUGGCCUUUUUUAGUAUAGGCUUUAAUCACAUAAAUCAGUCCUCUGCUCUCUCAGAGAUGAUUGAUCCGUUUUCUCUUAUGAAUGAAAACUUGGAAAAAUGGAAACGUACAUAAAGUCGGUACUGCUAACAUAUCCCAGGGGCAGGUGCGCAUGCUGAAAAAUGAAAUUCUUUUACCAAUGGUAAAUACCUCUUCAAGAGUAGGGCUAUUGAAUAGCUUUGUCUGUCAAAUUCAAACAUUUCAAAUAUAAAAUAAACUCCAGUAUGAUCGAUUGCUUCUAAAUCGUUGGUUGAACUUCAACUUAUUUUAUUAAUUGAUGAUUAAAAUGUUAAGUAUAAUUUUGCCUGUCUUGCGUUAAAUCUAAGAUUAAUUGAUUCAUCCUUCUGAAAGGUAGUUUUGAUAAUGAAACGCUGUAAAUGACAAUGAAUUGGUCUUUGCAGCUUGCCAACAGGAUAACAGCCUUCUUCCAAACAUUGUUUUGGUUGUAUUCAACUGGUUUCAAACCUUGGACCUUUUCCUGCUACUUCCUGUUGUAAUCCAAAUUGUCACUGAAAGUCCCCUCGACAUCAGCUCAGAGGGUGUGUGAGUCAGUGUCUUCAAGUAAAUACUAGGGAACUUUUUCUAUAUAAAAAUGUUUUUUAAAAUCUAACUGAACUGAUUGUGUUGACAAAUUCCUCUAUGAGGGACAAGGAGACAGUUUUAAUUUGGUCAUUUAAAGUUAUUCAGAUGGAAAUCAAAGAUGAUAUUUUCACAGGUACAUGCUGCUAAUGUUUAACCAAAGACUUAACAUCUUAUCUCAGCUCUUUUCACACUGUGUCGAUGUCCACUUAAAAUAGCAGAAAGCCAUGUGUAAACACCAUAGACCGAAGACUCUGGCAUGCAACUGCAGUAUGUUCUUGCUCCCAAGUCUGUCCAAACAGGAACAAACUAGCUUUGAUUUGAGUUUUCCUUGUUUAAACAUCUGGAAGAAAAUUUUACCCAGGAAUGAAUGAAUGAAUGAAUGAAGCCCCUAAAGCGGAUGUGUGCCACUGUAAUGUUUCUGAUCAGUGAGAUCAAUAUGGCUUCGCAAAAAUAUAAUACUGCUUACUAAUGACAUCAUUGUCAACCUACCUACAGUAUAAUGGCAACAUUUAGAGUGUUUUUUUUUUAGAUACUAGGAACUAUUAUGGUUUAAAUUCCUAUUUUUGUAAUGCAAAAUGAGAAAACCUUGCAGACACUGCCAUCUUGUGUUGUGCUCUUCCCAUUUUAAAGUGUGUAUUAUCUUUUCCUGGCAUCCAAAUAGAUGCUGCAGUAAGUGACAGAAAGGUGGGGAAAGGGCAGAAUAACGCUUUAGUAGGACCGGAAGUAGCCUAGAGGAGAGCAAUUACAGACACCUGUGCACCGCCGGGGGCGGGGCAAAGCUAACGAUGGAAGUAUGGAGGCCGUCAAAGAGCAGUGAGCGUGCUAAAGAAAAAAAAAGCUAUUUAACACUUAACAGUUUUUAUCUAUCCGCAUGUACAGUAGUAAACUAAAUAUGAAAAGUUUUAACGCAGUUGUUUCAAGAAGCGGCUGAAUUUGCUGGACUUCCCUGGGAAACAACGUGCUACUACGGGGACGCCGAUCACCAGAGCAGGUGUGAAUGCUUCUUUUUACAACUUCUUAAGGCGUCUUAUUUAUUAUGAAUUUGUGCAUUGAUAAUCACAUUCAGAAGUUGAAGUGGGAUUAAGCCUAUUAGUUUUUCUUUUGAUCCAAUAAGGUAUGGAAGAUGGAUUGGA